AUGGCCACUUUCUUCUACAGCAUCACAAAAGCCUUCACAGCUCUCGCCAUCUCGGAAGGUUCUGCUCAGAGUACCAACAUCGGACCCUCCAUCAAUCCCAACUUUCCAGACUACUCAACAAGCACCUAUGAUUUGCAAGGUCGGGAUCUCUGCUUCCACCCUGAACCCACUGGUCCAAUGCGGCCAAACUUCAUUCCAGACGGUCCGAGCACUGAGAUGAUUGGACGCUUCUACCCUUUCGGUACUUCGGCUCCUGUAUACGCACUGGACGAGGUCAGGAAGCUCGAGAAUACUGGGUAUUUGAGAAGCCAAGUCACUGUGGGUAGAUGGAGGGCCAUGUGCGAUGUUUGCUUCGAGGAUGUUGCCGAAGGCUUCUGGGAAAAGACUUGUCAGAUCGACAUGAGAGCGAAGCAGACAACCUCUGCCGUCCGCUUUUUAGGUCGCUGCAACAAGUGCGGUCGAUCAUUCUCUGAAGUCGUACCUGGUAUUUGA